GAACACACAAGUCAUUGGAACAUUAGAAUCAGAAGUCCCGAGUAGAAGGCAUAAAAAUACAAAAACCAGUAUUUGGUGCCGCCUGGUAAAACUGUAGACCCAGAAGCCUAUGGAGGUCCAAUAUGCAAUAGUGUCACCACAGAUUACGAAAAAAAUAGUGCAAGCUACUGGCCAAUUUCAUUUGAACAUAGGUGGAGGUUUGAGUACUUUCCACCACCAAAAGGACACUGCAAGCUACUUCUUUGCUUCUGAAUCAGGACUGGCGUCCCCAUAUAAAACCAAGCUCCGAUGUCCAGAGGGCGAGAUGUUUUGUUGGUACAGCAUCAGAAGACCCAGAAAAGAGAGGAUACAUGGGUCCUCAACCUCAAAUCAUCCUUUGUACGUAGAACGCUGAUCAUCAAUUCGGGCACCUAGAUGAGAUUUCAGACCCUCGCUUGUGCGAGGCCGCUUAUCUAUGGUACUAUGACUGCGAAUGCCUUGACAUCCUCAAAAUCCUGAACAAAAACAACAUCAUAUCAAAAUGGGAAUAUUUUCCUUCCUAAAGUAACAAUAACAUCUAAAAUGAAUUUUUUUUUUUGAAAAACCUUUUUUAACUUUGAAUCUCAAUGCCAGAUAGAUGCUUCUGAAUUGAAGCGAAGUGAAAGUAAAAGAAUAUAGAACGCCAGGGUUUGAUCAAAAUAUCUGCAGCAGGUCCAACAAAAAGUUUUUUUUUUUCUGGGGUGGGGUGAGCAUUCUACAGACCUGUACAAGAUGAAUUUUACUGCAAUCUUGUUAAACCCUAAAGAGAUCUUCCAACCAGAAUCAGAUCAGGAGUUAAUUUCAUCAAAUCUCUGAAACAAGACUGUCGGAUAGUCACUCAUAAAUCCAAAUUCAAUACAUAUUAUUUUUUUGAAUAUGUCUCAAUAAAUUCCAAUUCCAUCAAAUCAAACAGCUAGUCUAGAUUCCAUGAUAUCUCAAUUUCUCAUCCUAUAUUCAAUUCAGUCCAUUUUUCUUGCGCUUAGAACAAAGCGUAGCAAAACCAAAUAUGAACCUUACCUACCUGUUCAGAACUGAGCUUCCCUAAAAUACACGGCAAAGAUGAAAAAAGAAAAAAAAAAAAAAAAGAAGUCAUGGUGCAGUUGACUUUGUUUUCAAGAAUUAGACCAAAGGCCGGACAAAAUGUGGCAUUCAAAUAAAAUUCCAUUCAAAAAGUUGAUUUUAUUUGGGAAGCUUUGAAUGGAAUUCAUCAAUUCAUAGCUGAAGCGCGUUGAACUAUUUCCAUUUUCUAUCUCUUCCUAUUAAAUAUAACUAUAAUUCCAUCAUAGCCUACUUUUUUUAUAUCAUACGCCUUCACCCACAAGAAACACAUUUCUUCUCCUUCGUCUUCUUCAUUUCUUGUAGCUUUUCAUCUACCAGAAAAGCUUGAAAGAUUACAGAACAAUGGCAGAUGCACUUACAGUAGAUCAGAUUGCAGACUUCCGAGAGGCCUUUUGCUUGAUUGACAAGGACUCGGAUGGCUUCAUCACAGUGGAAGAACUAGCAACCACUAUACAAUCGCUGGAUGGACAUCCUACAAAAGAAGAAGUUCAGCAAAUGACAAGUGAAGUUGAAGUUAAUGGAAAUGGAACAAUAGAUUUUCAGGAGUUCUUGAACAUUAUGGGACGGAAAAUGAAGGAAAAUGUUGCUGAAGAGCUAAAAGAAGCUUUCAAAGUAUUUGACAGAAACCAGGAUGGAUACAUAUCAGCCAAUGAGCUAAGGCAAGUGAUGAUAAAUAUGGGAGAGAGAUUGACAGAGGAGGAAGCUGAACAGAUGAUAAGAGAGGCGGAUUUUGAUGGUGAUGGUCUUGUUAGUUAUGAGGAAUUUGCCAGGAUAAUGAUGACCGCUUAAUCUGUAUAAAAAUACAGACGAUCACAUUCAUGACUCAUGUAUGUUUGGUUCUUUAAUUUUCACCCAUUGCUUGUCAUGUAGAAACAGAAAGUAAUGAGCCUGUUGUUCUAGAGGCAUAUCUGUACAGUAGAAUACAAGAAAAAAGAAGAAAAGAGAAGAAAGACAAGUAUUAUGUUAUGUUGA